AUGGCAGAAGCAACACAUACUGACAUGAAUCAAACAAACUUGGCGUCUGAUGAGAGUGCUCAACAAAGGGCGGAGCUGCAACGACUUCUCUCAUCUCAGCCUUCAGAUUUAUCCUCCAAUCACUUCCAACAACCACACGCGGAAGAUGAGGAGAUCAACAUAGACAUAAAAGCAUUGAUAGAGAUUAGUGAAGAUGGCCUCUUGUCGCCUUUGUGUUGUAUCUACAGGGUGCCUACGACGAUCCGUCAUCUAAAUAACGAAGCUUACACUCCUAAGGUUGUUUCCAUUGGUCCUUUCCAUCACGGUGAUAAGAGGCUGCAAGAAAUGGAGAGGCACAAAGAAAUAAUGCUUAAAAGAUUUGCACAAAGAGCUAUGACAGACUUGGACAGUUUGGUUAACUUCACAAAACAAUCUGAGUCAAAGGUCCGUGCUUCUUAUUUUGAGAGAAUCAACUAUGACAAGAAGGAUCUUGUGAAACUGAUAUUAGUGGAUUCUGCUUUCAUCAUUCAACUCUUUAUUAUGACCUUUGAAGGUCGCAUGAUACCCGAUGCAAAACUAUCACAAUCAUGGUUGGAUAAUGCUAUAAGUAAGGAUUUGCUUUUACUUGAGAAUCAGCUUCCAUUAUUUUUCCUUGACGAGCUAUACAACAUAGCCUUUCCUCAUAAUGGUAGAGGUCAUCGCCCUUCAUUUCUUCAGCUUACAUAUUCCUACUUUGACUAUCUUAACAUGCAAAUGUUUGAGCCUCAUCUAGAGAUAAAACAUUUCACAGAUCUUCUUAGAUCGUGUCACUUGCCAAGAUCGUUAACUCGUCGAAGUAUGUUUUUACCGGAAGUGCAUAAUGACAUUCUUUUGUAUAGUGCAAAACAGUUAGAAGAAGUUGGCUUAAGGUUCAGGUCAAGCUCGUCAAAAUGCCUGUUAGACCUCAAAUAUUCAAACAAUGUCCUGGAGGUCCCAAGGAUUCGGGUGGACGAUGACACUGCUAUGAUUUUUCACAAUAUGAUAGCUUUUGAGCAGUGUCAUUAUCCUCACAAGCAUUACAUUUGCGACUAUGCGCUAAUAUUGGACUGCCUAAUCAACUCGCACGAAGAUGUGAAUAUCCUUAUCCGUGAGCGUAUAAUCCACAACUAUCUUGGCGAUCCAUCUGAUAUUGUUAGAAUAUUUGAUAGGCUUUCGACUAAUCUUACUCUAUCGAACUUCAAUACUGAAUACUCUGACAUUUGUGGAAGGUUGAACCACUUUGCCCGUGAUCCUGGGCGCCAAAUGAAGCGAGCUUUGAAACGCCAACUUCUUCUUUCUAUCACUGGAUUUGUACUCAACAUGCUCACUCUCAUUCAGGCCAUAUUCUCUAUCCUUCAAGUAGUAUGGCGCUAG